UCUCUCUCUCUCUCCAGCUGGUCCCAGAGCCCGGCUCGGUCCGGUCCCUCUAGCCCCCACCCCACACUCUGUAAUCUCCUCCUUGUCCCACUCCUCACCUAGGGCGACCCGAACUGCCAUGGGUUAGGGUGGGGGCCGCGAGUCGCGCGAAGGACCAGCCCUGCGCAUCCGCCGGGGGAGCGCGAAGAGCCCGAACGCCUCUCGCCGCUCGCGGGCGCCGGGCAUGGGGAGCGCGGUGUGAGCCCGCACCCGGGGAGGACGAAGGAGCUGUGGAGACGGGCGCGAGGAGCCGGAGGAGGAGGAGAGGAGCUGUGGAUUGGAAGGACUCAAGGGAGGAAGGGAGGGAGAAGAGGGAGGGUAGGUAAGCGAGGGAAAAGUGAAGCUGGGAGGAGAAGACGGCGGAAGGUGGGGAUUGAUGCUUCUGUUUUUUGUUGCCGCUGCUGCCCUCGCGCUGGGAGCGGAGCCGGAGGGAAGGCGGUGGAGAGAUGAUUGCUGAGUUGGUGAGCAGCGCUCUGGGGCUCGCCUUGUAUCUCAACACCCUGAGUGCGGAUUUCUGCUAUGAUGACAGCCGUGCUAUCAAGACUAAUCAGGACCUUCUCCCAGAAACUCCAUGGACACAUAUUUUCUACAACGAUUUUUGGGGGACUCUUCUAACCCACAGUGGCAGUCAUAAGUCCUACCGGCCACUUUGCACUCUCUCUUUUCGCCUGAACCAUGCCAUUGGAGGACUGAAUCCCUGGAGCUACCAUCUUGUCAAUGUCCUGUUGCACGCAGCAGUCACUGGUCUGUUCACGAGCUUCUCCAAGAUACUCCUUGGUGAUGGAUACUGGACUUUCAUGGCUGGCUUGAUGUUCGCCUCUCACCCCAUUCACACGGAGGCGGUGGCUGGAAUCGUGGGAAGGGCUGAUGUCGGAGCCAGUCUCUUCUUUCUCCUCUCCUUGCUCUGCUACAUUAAACACUGUGCUACAAGAGGCUACUCAGCCAGGACUUGGGGCUGGUUCCUAGGGACGGGACUGUGCGCAGGAUGCAGUAUGUUGUGGAAAGAACAAGGAGUGACUGUUCUCGCAGUUUCAGCAGUUUACGAUGUCUUUGUUUUUCACAGGCUGAAAAUGAAACAGAUCUUACCUACCAUUUACAAAGGGAAGAACUUGUCUCUUUUCCUCAGCAUUAGUUUGUUAACUUUCUGGGGGUCCUCCCUUUUGGGUGCCCGUUUAUACUGGAUGGGAAACAAACCACCAAGCUUUUCCAACUCUGACAACCCAGCUGCUGAUUCGGAUAGCCUCUUGGCUCGCACGCUCACCUUCUUCUACUUGCCAACCAAGAACCUCUGGCUGUUGCUAUGCCCAGAUACCCUCAGUUUUGAUUGGUCAAUGGAUGCUGUGCCUCUGCUCAAAACAAUUUGUGAUCGGAGAAACCUACACACUGUGGCCUUCUAUACUGGACUCCUCCUCCUUGCCUACUAUGGUUUGAAGAGCCCAACAAUAGAAAGAGAAUGCAGUGAGAAAGCUGCAACAAAUGGCAGGCAGAAUGCAAAUGGACAUAGCUGCCUCUCAGAUGUCGAAUACCGGAACUUAGAGAUUAAGCCCAGUUUUGCAUCCAAACUAGAAAAUGGCAUUAAAAAUAAUGUAUCAGUGAGAACACAACUUCCCUCUACUGAGAACAUUGUUGUACUGUCUUUAUCUUUGUUAAUAAUACCUUUUGUUCCUGCCACGAACUUGUUUUUCUAUGUUGGCUUUGUAAUUGCAGAGCGAGUAUUGUAUAUCCCUAGUAUGGGCUUCUGCCUUCUGAUUACUGUAGGUGCCAGAGCCCUUUAUGUCAAAGUCCAAAAGCGUUUUCUCAAGAACUUGAUUUUUUAUGCUACAGCUACAUUAAUUGUUUUCUAUGGACUCAAGACUGCAAUCAGGAAUGGAGACUGGCAAAAUGAGGAAAUGCUGUAUAGGUCAGGGAUAAAAGUAAACCCAGCGAAAGCAUGGGGUAAUCUUGGAAAUGUUCUGAAGAGUCAGAGCAAAAUUUCUGAAGCUGAAAGCGCCUAUAGAAAUGCUUUGUACUACCGCAGCAACAUGGCCGACAUGCUUUAUAAUUUAGGGUUGCUUCUACAGGAGAACAGCAGGUUUGCAGAAGCACUACAUUAUUACAAGUUGGCAAUUGGGAGCAGGCCAACACUGGCUUCUGCUUAUUUAAACACCGGGAUUAUUCUCAUGAACCAAGGAAAGACAGAAGAAGCCCGUCGUACAUUCCUAAAGUGUUCUGAGAUCUCCGACGAAAACCUAAAGGAUCCUCAUGCGCACAAGAGCUCUGUUACCAGCUGUUUGUAUAACCUGGGAAAACUCUAUCAUGAGCAGGGACAUUACGAGGAUGCCCUUACUGUAUAUAAGGAAGCAAUUCAGAAAAUGCCAAGGCAGUUUGCCCCACAGAGCUUGUACAACAUGAUGGGCGAAGCAUACAUGCGAUUGAGCAAACUCCCUGAAGCAGAGCAUUGGUAUAUGGAAUCACUGAGAUCCAAAACUGACCAUAUCCCUGCUCAUCUCACCUAUGGAAAACUACUAGCUCUAACAGGUCGUAAGAGUGAGGCUGAAAAGUUCUUCUUGAAGGCUAUUGAGCUGGAUCCCACCAAAGGAAACUGUUACAUGCAUUAUGGUCAGUUUCUUCUGGAAGAAGCUCGUCUCUUAGAAGCAGCUGAGAUGGCAAAAAAAGCAGCUGAACUAGACAGCACGGAGUUUGAUGUUGUCUUCAAUGCUGCCCACAUGCUCAGACAGGCUAGCCUCAAUGAAGCAGCUGAGAAGUAUUACGACUUGGCAGCCAAGCUGAGGCCUAACUAUCCAGCUGCUCUGAUGAACCUGGGAGCCAUUCUGCACCUUAAUGGCAGACUCCAGAAGGCCGAGGCCAACUACCUGCGGGCACUGCAGCUCAAGCCAGAUGAUGUCAUCACGCAGUCCAAUCUCCGCAAACUGUGGAACAUCAUGGAAAAGCAAGGCCUAAAGACUUCAAAGACCUGACACAGGGGGGCAGUACCUUGUCCUCCUGUAUUUUUUACAGCUGGAUUCAUUAACAAACAGAAAUUCCCAGCAGUGCUAUGACAAGAGCUCCUUUUGGACUUCAAGAACAGAGGCUGAGGUCACUGAGGGCACUUUGGGAAAAUCCACUUUGCUGUUGACGCAGCCGUUAACACCAAAAAGGGGAGCAUUGGCAAACUCCUGAUAGAUGUAGUUGUUACCCAUAGGACUGUAAACCAGAGCACUUAAGACAGGAUCUUUUGGCAUUCUUCAAAAGGGGGGGAGAGUCUAAGUUGGAGAUUUUGUUCAUUUUUGAAAGCUAAUUUCAAAAUUAUAUUGUUCCUUAAACACUGUGAGAGGAAAUCAGAGUGUCCAUUCAGCCACAAUAAACUAUUAAAGUCAAGUGAUAAUAGGGAGUAAUUGAAAAGUAGUAUGAAUCCCAGUGAGCUGGCUGGUUGUCCUAAUGCUGCUGUCUUUCCUCUUUGGGACAGCCUGCUUAUCAAUUUCUAAAGCUUAGAAAACUUUUUUUCUUUUUUAAAUACUGUGUCAGAAUCUGUCAGAAUCCGCAGUUGUUUCCUGACUAGUGCACAUAACGUUUUAUUGUUUGGGUAGGACUUCACUCUUUUGAACAUCACUGAUUUUCAUGUUCUAAACAGAAAAUGGAGAAUAGGGCUACUUCACAUUGGUUUUGUCAAAGGGACUGGGCACACAUUUUUAUUUCAAAGUCGCCAUUUCCCCCAACUGCCUAGCAGAAUUCGUUGUAUUAUUCUUGCUGUUGCUGUUGAGUCAAUUCCAACGCAUGGUGACCCCAUGUUUGACAGAGCAGAACUACUCCAUAGGGUUUUCAUAGCUGUAAUCUUUAUGGUAGGAGAUCUCCAGGCCUUUCUUCCACAGCACCACUGGAUGCAUUCAGACCACCAACCUUUAGGUUAGCAACCUAUUGCAAACUGCUUGCGCCACCCUAAUUAUUAGGCUUUUGAAAUGACCUUUUAAAGUGGCUGUUCUUGGUUAACCUGCAUGCUUUCAUAAGGAUUAACUCAAGGGAAGUUGAUAAAUUCUCCCAUUCCAAUAACUAAUUGUCAGGUAUUAGACGAAAAGGUUCUUUGUGUUUCCCAGAUGUUGCUAUUUCAAAAAUCAGGUCUACCCAAAGGAAUAUGUAAUGAUGGUUGCUAAUGAUUUUAUAUUUUGAAAAGAGUUGGUAUGUAAUGCUAAUGAUAUUCUAAUAUGUACCGAAACAGCAAUGCUGGUAAGUUUUCAAGUCUUUUUUUUUUAAUCAUAUUCUUAUUUUGUUCUUCCCGAAAAAUGUCAAAAAUGACUUAUUUUAAGCUGCACUAGAGUAUAGCAUUAGCCCAUGUGUUUGUAGUUUUUUUGUCAAGUGCUUUCCUCACUUGAAAACUAUUUUUCAAUAACAAAUUUCAUAUUUAUUUUGUUACCUGUUAGUAACCACAUCAGUGAUCAUUUCAUGAGUAAAAGACUAUAAAUGAAGUAGAGAAGAACAUUUAUUGAAACAUUUUUGAGCCAUAGUCCAACUUUGUUACUAAAAAUUAACUUUGUAGAACACUAGUCCAUUAUAACUUCUUCAUAGAAAGAGUAGCUUUACCAUACCCUGCAUAUUUAUUUAUUUAUUAUUCUACAGUAGCAAAUUAACUAAACAAAAAUUAAUUCAUUAAGCCAGUCCUUUGCAGUUUAAGUUAGCUUUUUCUCCUUUCCUUUCCCACGUCACAUUUAUAAGAUCAGCGUCCCCAUUGAAGAGAAGGUGGGCAUGCAAAUACAUUAUAUUAUCUUUUUUCCAUAUUUUCCAUGUUUUGCUAUAUAUCUGAAGAGAGUGGAAUAAAGGAUUUAAAGUAGUGUUCCUAUGGCAUUAAUGUUUCUGUGAUAAGGGCAAAUGUAGUGAGUUUUUUUUUUUUUUUUUUUUUGAUAGCAUUAAUAAGAAGGUCCUCCUAAAUAUGUUUUAUUAUUUUGUAAACAUUUCAUUGAAGGACCAAAAGUUAAAUUAUACCUAAAUCAUCGUGUUUUCAGAAUAUUUAACAACAACGACAAAUCUGCGGUCAAACAAAAUAGUGGGUUGAAGUGUAUUUUUUUUUUUUUUUAUCUUCUACUGCAUUGGCAAUUACAAAAAUAAAAAAAGGAAUUUAAUAUAAGGAUAUAGAGAUAAUUCAGUGUCUAACAUCUUUAUUUAUUUAAAUAGUUAUUGACCUAUGUUGACUUCCUUAUCUUAACCUUACAUGUUUUUUUAAUUGCUAUUGCUCUUCCUUUCAAAUACUUCAUUCUUAAUAUGUUCACUGCACAGUAGAGGCACUCCAUGUUGACCCAGCUCCCAAAUAGCAAUGAUAAUUGGGCCUGUGUCAUAAAAUGCAUGGGUUUCUAAUAAUUAAAUAUCCCUGAUACUUUUCACUUACAGGGCCAGGCUUAGUAAUGACCAACUAAGGGGGAGGGCUGGGGGGGCGUUAAAACAUGAUCAAAAAAUGUCUCCGCUCAGGGAUUUAUGGUGGAUUAUUGCAGACAGUGCUAAAAAUAUAGAGCACAAGACAAGUUUACUAAAUUAAAAUUUUAUUUUUUGACAAACUGUUAUUUGUAUAAAUUAUCAAGAUUUGUAGGCUUUCCUUUUGUAGAAAUAAUUGUUUUAUGUGCCAGAGAAUUUCAAUUUUGUUUUCAACAAUAAAGCAUUGAUAACAAAUAUAUUGUGUAAGAUUUUUUUAAAUCUGCCAGUGAAACAACACUGAAACUCUCUUCGAUUCUAGCAAAACUGGAAGAGAGGUAAGAAAGAUAGUUUCGGAGCCAUAUAAGGAUACAUUGAGGUUAAUAAUAAAUAAUCAUUAAAACCAAAAACCAAACUCAGUGCCAUCGAGUCAAUUCCGACUCAUAGCAACCCUGUAGGACAGAGUAGAACUGCCCCAUAGAGUUUCCAAGGAGCGCCUGGCAGAUUUGAACUGCCGACCCUUUGAAUAGCAGCACUUAACCACUAUGCCACCAGGGUUUCCAAAUAAUCAUUAAGUAUUAAUAAUUAAAAUAAGGGUUGCAGGUAUCACCAGAUAGUCGAUGUUGAGAAAUGAUGACAAAAUGUUUUGUUUUCGAACUAUGGAAAAUGAUUCUAGGAAAUACUCUAGACAGGGCCUAUUCUUUACCAGUUUCCUGCUUUAGGGUUGCUAUGAAUAGGAAUCAAUUAGAUGACGACAGGCUUGGGUUUUGUUUUGUUUUGUUUUUUGGUAGGUUGUAUGGUAAAAGAUCAUAUUUAGGAGACUGAUUCUUUAUUUCAUGUUGUACAUGAAACACAACCUUGUGCUGCUGGGAAAUGUAGGUUCGGCAUGUUGGAGUGUCAGUUAUAGGGAGGUCAUAGACGAGGUAGUAAGUGGCAGGUGGAGAAUCUGAUAGUCUCAGUAAAAUUGUUGUUCUGUAAUAACGUGACUCUAUAUUGCCUAAUUACUGAAUUAUGUGAUAAAAUUUAACUAUGAGGACUUCAUUAUAUGCUAAACACCCUAAGAUUGUGUGAGGGUAUGUUCCAUUUUUACCAGUAAAGAAGCCAAGGUUCAGAAAUGUGAAAUCACUUUCCCAGGUGACAGAGCUAGCAAGCAUAAGCCUGUCCCCAUGUUGUCCUCUUCUCACUGAGAUCCAGAUAACUGAACAUAUCAUGUGGCCACUCAGGCACUAAACCAAGACUCUGGAGAUCAGAUUUCUAGUUCCCCGACACAUUACCUAUUCAAUUUUCCACAAGUUGCUUUUCUACUUCUCUCAUUUAUUACGGACAACCAUGCCGAUUAAAGGAGGCAAGGCAUGAAAAAUAUCUUAAAAAUACAGAUCAUGAGAGUAA